AUGAUACUGUACAUCACUCUCGCCCUCCUCGCCCUCAUACUUUUCCACAAUUUCUACUGGAAGCGGCGCAAUCUCCCUCCCGGCCCCACGCCUCUCCCGGUGCUCGGAAACCUGCUCGAAUUGGCCCGGGAGAAUCGUUGGGAGACCAAGUUCAUCGAGUGGAAUAACAAGUACGGCUCCACUUUUACCUACUGGCUGGGCCAUCUGCCGUUCGUCGCGAUCUGCGACUACAACGACAUGGUCAAGUACUUUGUGAAGCAUGCGGACGUCUUCUCGGAUCGGCAUUACACGAAGAAUAUCGUGGAGACCAUUCGAGGUGGCCAGUAUGGGGUGAUUAUAAACAAUGGCGAUAGCUGGAGAGAGCAGCGGAGGUUUGCGUUGAAGGUGUUGAGAGACUUUGGAUUGGGCAAGAAUGAAAUGGAAGAGAGGGUAAGUUGGGUCAAAUACGGGAUUUUUAGAAGUCCCCGUUGUGUCCAAAGAUGGCAUUAGGGCACAGAGUGGACCUUGAGGAAAAAAUGAUAUGGUGAGAGGGGACAUAGGCGGAUUUUUUAAGAAUCAUUUCUUUGGUUUGCAAAAAAAUGAUGUGUUAAGAGGGGAGCAAGGCGGAUUCUUCAAGAUAAAUAUUAUUUUUUUGGCAAUCUGAAGAAAUCAUUAUUGUAAAAUCCGCCUUGGCCCGCUCUUUGCAUCUUUAUUUCUUCAAGGUACCCUCUUUGCCAAGGAGCCCUCAUCGGACCAAAUAAUUUCAACUUUUUCGACAUUUAUGCCUAUACCUACGAUAGUGGGGUUUCCACAAAAAAAUCAGUUUUUUCCGUACGAAACUGGCAAUAAUGGCCAAAAAGUUCUUUUUACAGCGAAGUACCCCAAGUUCGACGCAUAAAUUUUGAUGAAACUUGACACAAAUUUAGAAUAGUUUUUUCCAGGAGCUAUGCGAGAAUCCUAGCUCGCGCUUUGCAGAAACAACCGAGAUUUUUAGAUCGAAAGUCGGCGAAAAAUUGAGACUUUUUGCCGAAUUUUGGCACGAAAAGUUUCAUACCUAAUUCUACUGCUGAGUGUAAUGUUUCCACAAAAAAUGAAUUUUUUCCCCAGGAAUCUGGCAAACUUAUGAUAAAAAAGUGUUUUUCUCUCUGACCGCUCUCCGCGUUUUGCGUACUCUCAGCCGCAAAGAUCGCUGAAUAGCUCCGCUGCGCCUGCAAAGUGGGAACUAAAACUUUUAAGAAUUGAUACUUAGUCUAUGCCGGACUUGUGUGCAAAAUUUGAAGAAAAUCUGAGCGUCGCGCAUGGGGUACUUCCAACUUUGUUAGUUUGGAUAAAAUGAAAUGACCUAGUUUUCCAGAUCCUCCAAGAGCUCCACUUGAUGAUUGAAAAAGUGAACAAGAACUUGGACGCCGAAGAAAUUGACUUCUUCAAUUACUCGGACAUUGCUGUUGGCUCCGUGAUCAACUCCAUUCUGAGUGGAUAUCGGUUUACUGAGGUCGGUAUUUAACCUUUUCUUUCAAUUUUUCUUACUCCCCCCAAAAGUCCCACUAUUCCAGGGCAAAGAAGACGAGUUCUACAAAAUGAAGCACCUCACCACCGAGCUGAUGAAGGGCUUCACCAGUGCGCGCGCCAACUUGGCGCUGAACAACCCCGUUCUGUUCAGGGUGCCGAUUGUGAACUCCAAGGCCAACUACUCGAUCAGCGUGAUGCUGGAGUUGUUCGAGUUCCUGGACGGGCAAAUCCAGCGGCAUUUGGCGGAGAAUGACUACACUGAAGCCGCUGAGCCGCACGAUUUCAUCGACGCGUUUUUGUUGGAGCGCCAACGGCAGAUUCAGAGUGCCGGCGGCGAGGGCUACUAUCAUUUGGCGCAGUUGCGCAACGUGUGCAUGGACUUGUGGCUGGCCGGGCAGGAGACGACCAGCUCCACGAUCACCUGGAUCAUCGCCUAUUUGAUCCGCAACCCCGACGCACAGGAGAAGAUGCAGAAGGAGCUGGACGCUGUGGUCGGAAGCAAUCGGAUCAUACGGAAUGCCGAUAGAGGCGAUUUGCCCUACACAAAUGCUGUGAUUAUGGUGAGUUCAAGAGGGCUUGAAUUCUGUGCGGAGCUCACAAUUUGAAAGCCUUUUUAAAUUGCUUUCAGGAAGGCCAACGAUGCUGCAAUUUGUUGAGUCAAAAUAUCCCACGAGCCCUUCAACAGGACUUUGAAAUUAACGGAUACAAUGUGAAGAAGGGCACAAUUAUCCUGCCUCAAAUCUCGGUGCUCCUACAGAAUCCAAAGGUAGCAAAAAACCCCCCUAAAACUUCCUCCACAACCAAUAGGGUGGACAGUAAUAACCAACAAGUCUUUCAGAUCUUCCCCGAGCCCGAGAAAUUCAAUCCCGACCGAUUUAUCGCCCAGAAUGGGAAGCUGAAACAAGUGGAAGAGCUGAUUCCAUUUUCGAUCGGCAAGCGCAUCUGUUUGGGCGAGGGAAUGGCCCGAAUGGAGCUGUUCCUCUUCACCGCCAACCUCUUCAGUCAGUACAAGUUUUCGGCCGGAAAAGUCCCGCCAAGCUUGAGGAAGACGAAUGGCGCCUCCACAAUGACUGAACCAUACCAGUGCAAGGUCCAGCUGAGGCGUUAA